GUGACUGCCGCUCUGCUUCCUCCCACGCGCCUGCGCGUGCGCGGCUCCGCCCCUUCCCACGCCGGGCGCGCGCGGGGCGGCUCGCGGAGAACUGGUGAGCAGAAGACUUGUUUUUAAUGAAAUAUCCAGCAUGUGCUGAGAAACAAGUCAGAAAACCCAGCCAAAUGCUAAUGUCGUCUGAAACACCCACAGACAGUCCAGAGGUGCCAAUGGAAAAUACCCCGUUCCCUGAAGUUCCUGAUGUGGAAGGAAAGGUGGAGUCAAAUGACAGUCCAGUAGAGAGACUGGAGGCAGGUUCAGGCAAGGAAGAAUGCCUUGAGUCCAUGUCCAAGAGGCAAAGGAAGAAGCUGUUGAAGCAGAAGCAGUGGGAAGAACAGAAAGAUCUACGGAGGCAGAAACGAAAAGAAAAACGCCAGAAGAGAAAACUAGAGCGUCAGUCAAAAUUGGAUUCCAAUAGUGAGGGGAAUGACAGAAAGUGCAUGCGCAGGGAAGUUGUUCCUAGCACACUUCGCCUCAUCGUGGACUGCAGCUUUGAUGACCUGAUGGUGUUAAAGGAUGUUAAGAAGCUUCACAAGCAGAUUCAGAGAUGUUACGCAGAAAACCGCAAGGCAUUUCAUCCUGUGCAGUUUUACUUGACCAGCCAUGGGGGACAGCUGAAGACCAACAUGAAUGAAAAUGACAAAGGAUGGGUGAAUUGGAAGGAUAUCCAAAUUAGAACAGAGCACUAUAGUGAGCUAAUAAAGAAAGAAGACCUAGUUUAUCUUACCUCAGAUUCCCCAGACGUUCUCAGAGAGCUUGAUGAGAAGAAAGCCUAUGUGAUUGGAGGACUGGUGGAUCACAAUCACCACAAGGGAAUUACUUACAGAAAAGCUGUAGAGCAGGGAAUUGGUCAUGCACAGCUCCCACUUGGAAACUUUGUCAAAAUGAACAGUCGGAAAGUGUUAGCUGUCAAUCAUGUGUUUGAGAUCAUCCUUGCAUACCUGGAGAAGAGAGACUGGAAAGAGGCCUUUUUCAGUGUUCUGCCACAGAGGAAAGGGGCUGUUCCUUUGGGAGAAGCCAAUGAUUCAUCCAAACAUGCUUUGUCUGGAAAAGAAGAUGAAGACAAUGACUCAGACAGCAACUAGGCUUCAGAAUUGGAUGAUGGGAAAGAUGAGACCUGCAGUUUGUGGAAUAAAACUGGGACAUGAAGGAGUUUUACUUCAAAGACCAUCUGUAGCCCUUGUAAUGCUGAAUUGUCUCGGUGCUUGGUAGUCCCAGAGCUGUUUCUGUGCAUGAAGGGUUAAGUUAAAUGCAGGUUUUAUCCUUCAGAAUAAUAGGUUUUUAAAAGAGGGGAAAAAAUAAUGGAAAAUGCUGCAAUUUUUUCCCAGGGAAGCUGUUUAAUUUAAUUUUUUAAACAUUAUUUUUAUACAUACCAAGUUGGAUGUAAAUUCCAAGAGCAUUAGUAGUUAUUAUAUUAAUGUAUACAUUCUUGUCUCCAUUUCUGUUCAAAAGUUUUCUUAAAAGCAGUGAAUGACAAGUGUUCCUUUGAUUCCAAAACCUGUACCACUAGUGCCUGCUGCAAAGUGUGCAUGAACACUCAAAAAUUCUGAUUUUCCUGAGUAUCUCAAAAGACAAUCACAAGCAACUGAACUGCCUGAUUUAUAUACUGUGUUUAGUUAGCUGGGGUCAGUAGAUGAAGUAUGAAUGUGGGGUUAAGCCAGUGCUUUAUACUUGAGCUUGAGAGGGAUGGUGUUAGCACAGGUGCAAAUCAUGGGCCUUGGUAGGCACAUGGUGCACACUGAGAUGACUCAAUCACCUUUGAUUAUUUCUUCUUAUUCUCAGCAAAAAUUAUCACACAGCCUCAGAACAACACCAGGAGAGAGGCACUCUUCCUUACAGGUCACUCAGAUGCAGUAUUACUGUGUAAUCAAAGGAUCCUGUAUGUAUUGUAUUGUCUAUCAAAUAUUUUUCCUUUAAAAAAGAAGUCAUAACCUUA